GCGGCUGGCGGUGUGUAGCGGAAUUGCGUCAAAUCGCCGCGGUCCCCGCGUCUCCUCCCGGGAACUCUUCUCCGCAGGCGCCAUAUUGGAGGCGCUCGCUUCUCCCGCCCCGAGGCCCGCGUCACCAGACACGUUUAUAACUUUCGAUUUAAAUCGUACAUCAUCAUAACAACAACACCAACAACAACCGAGUGAUUCGUUAGGAGACGACAACAACCCCCUCCCCUCCCCCUCCUCAGGCCAAGCAGCCGAGAGCCGCGUCUUAUCGGUCCAACAUGUACAUGGACGGGCAGCCGCCGUUCCCGCCUCCGCCCUACGCCGGCCUGAGCGAGAACGCGGCCUCCGAGUUCUCAUCGGCUCAUCUGAAGCUGAGGGAGCGGCUCCAGAAGACUUUGUAUUACGGAAAUGACGUCAAUCCAAGAAUGGAAGGUCUCUCUGGGCCGGUCGCUGAUAUUGCUGUGGAGCUGUUCCAGAACGCAGCUCCGAACCCUAUGAGAAAGCUGCAGAGAAAGUAUGCUUCGCACGUUGCCAGGGAGGCAUGCGUAUCCCCAUGCGCCAUGAUGCUGGCAGUCGUGUACAUCGAGCGACUCAAGAGACGUAACCCCGAGUACCUCCAGAACAUCUCCUCCUCCGACCUCUUUCUCAUUUCCAUGAUGGUAGCCAGCAAGUACCUGUACGACGAGGGUGAGGAGGAGGAGGUGUUUAACGAUGAAUGGGGUACGGCCGGGAAGCUGGACACAGACACGGUCAACGCGCUGGAGAUGGCGUUCCUGCAGGCCAUUGACUGGGAUCUGUUUGUCCGUCCUCACGAUUUCUUCGGAUUGCUGAGCCGGCUGGAGGGCAGCGUGGCGUGGCAGCAGGGCACGUGGCGGGGCUGGUUCUCCUACAUGGACCUGUGUGUGCUGCUGGACCAGACCUCGCUCCGCAGGGCCCUCACGCAGCUCUACCUGCAGUUUGCCAAGGUGGCGUGUCUCUGCGGAGUCGUCUACUUGGCAGGGCUGCUGGGAGUACUGGGCUCGACCGCUGCGCUCCACCGCGCUUUAAGCGCGAGGCAGCAGCAGCAACAGCAGCAGCAGCAGCAACAGCACGGAUCCUCCGGGCUUCCCGCCGCCACGGUCCCCACACUUCAUCUGGCCGUGCCGGCCCCACCGGGCGUGACCGAGGGAGAGGCCACGGGCAUGGCGAGCCCCGCCGUACUUUCCGAACGGCAUGGCGCGGCACUCGGCUACCGGGGCCCCACGGUGCUGCUCGCCGGGCAAAGCAGGUUGCCGCGCUUGAGUCCCACGUUGAGAGACCACCACCCCGGCACGGCGGCAGGAGGUGCAGGAGGAGAAGGAAUUGUGACCCUGCGGCGGAUGACAAAUGCACCACCACCUGGAGCGUCUCCGGUGGUGGCAGCGGUAGUCUCGAGUGAUACCCCCGGCAACGCCUCUGCUGGCGGCUGGCUGGAGCUCGUGAUGGCAGGGGCGGCCCUGCUCUGGCGCCGCCUUUCGGUUGUCCCCGCCGACCUGGCUCUUCCGCAAGGCGACACCGCGGCCACCUUUGCUGCUUCGGCCAUCAUGUGCCGACCGAGGAACUCGUCCGUGGGGCUGUGGGCCGUGACCAGCAAUGGGGCCAUGUCAGGCUUGGUGCCGGGCCACAGCGAGGCUGGGAGCGAGGCCACAUUGUUAGGUCGUGCUCGUCCGGAUUCACUGUCUGUGCGAGUUGACCAAACCGAAGUGGUGAUGUUGCCCGCCGGCUGUUUCAUGGCAGCCAUCCACCGGCCUAACCCCCCGCACCUCCUCAAAGUGUUUUGAGUUCUAAGACCCACAAUUGGACUACAGAAUUUGAUAGUCAUAGCUGAGAUUUUGAGUUUAGAUUUUUGGGUGCAGGUUGGUGGCCUAAAGAGGAUGUUGUUGGGAAGUAAAGUAUAUGUGAAGGCGAUAAUGAGGUCCCGUUUGCCUUAAUACUCUUACCAAUGUAGCAAGUUCAGUGUAAUGCUGUUACGCUAACAUUGAAUGGUGAUAUAAUACAUAAUUUUGAUAUUCAGUGUACAUAUGUACAGCAGAUUAAACAGACUGCAAGUUUUGUACGAGAAUGAAAGUGCAUUUCUAUUCAUCUUGUCUAAACAAUUUGUCCACAUGUUUUAUAUAUGUGUCCUAUGCGUUAAAUACGGACAAUGAGUUAAACAAUAUAACGUGCAAGGGUUUUUUUGUUACCCCCCCCCUUUGCACUGUAUUUUGACAUAUUGAGCAAGAAGCUGCUCCAAAGGCAGUGUUUUGAAUGUGCAAGUGACUGCGGGUGACCAGGUAGUCGGCUUAGAGAUUUUUUGGCAGAUGCAGUGCGUGAUGAGUUUCGCACACUUCCCCGUGCCCGCCUUUGCCAAAUGUCCGGUGAACGCCGCUGCGAUGGAGCCAGCGUCGCGCCCAGUGUACCCCACACACACUCGCCCUGUGAACAAAAUAGCCAUGAGUGGUGAGGUCUUUGUGAUGUGUGAGCAGGGGAGGGGAGGGCGGUGAUGGUUUUGACAUCGUUUGAUUUUAAACAUCAAGUAACUCCUGUUCAGAUAGCUAGGGAAGCGCAGCCAAAGGAAGUACAUCUUUGGGUUUGGCAUGAUCAAAUUAUCUUGGCAUUGUGUUUUAGACCCGUCUUAAGUGAUUUCUCAGUCAACAGUGCUUUGGUUUAUUGUUCAUGCAACAAAGCAUGGGUUAAAAUGAUCCUCAUGCUCGGCAAAAUAUCCGCCGAAGAAUUGUUAUUUUUGGUCUAUAGAAAUUGCUUACAGAUAAUAUGCUGAAGUACAUUUAGGCCAAUGCAGCAAUCAAGAUACCGGUGCUUACUAGACAAUUCCAAGAGAGACGGGUGGAACAUUAAAACAACUUGUAAAAAUGCCACAGGGAUUACAAGACAGACAAUAAAAACAAGACACGGUACAUGCGGCUAAGUACAGUGAGACAAAUUAUACAAUCCUGAAUCGAGUCGCGACCGCAAAUCUUGACAAUUCGUCAUGUUGCUGCUUGUGCGAAGCGAUUAGGUGCAUUUUAUUGCAGUACCUCCUGCAUUUAUGCUAUGGACCCAAUGCAAACAGCGCCGUUAUCACCCGUUGGUCUCUUGGCCAACACCACAGUGAAGGUACUGAUUUUGCUUUGCUGUGGAAAACACGACAAUGUUACUUCCCUUUUUACACACAGGGUAUAGCAGUAGAGUGCUGCUGCUGCUGCUGCUUUGCAUUACAUUGUGCAUCAUGGCAUAGCCAUAAACCCUGUGUGCUCGGUGCCUCAUGUAAGAAGCCUACUUGCACAUGUUUGUUGUCAGGCCGUAGAGUUGGUAGUGACCCUGUCCACCAAGCCCGUGGUCCCCGCUGCGCAAGCCACACAGGCAGCAGGAAAGACCUUCACCCAGGACACCGUUCCCUUUGUGGGCGAAAUAAAACCGGGGGGUUGCGACGGGUCACGGCACGGUUUUCGCAGUUUGGAUUUGGUCAAUGGAAGCGGCCACCUCUGCGAUUGCACGCCGAGGUAGUUUUCCGCAGAGGCGCGCGCAUUAUGAAGGGGAAUUUGGCCACACAAUGUGUCGGUGGGCUUGGUCACCGAGCGCUAAAUAAAUGAGCGAUUUUUUUUUGGGUCCCGUCUCGCCCGCUGCCUAUUGAAUCGCGCCGGGGUUGUUUUUUGGAGAGGAAUGGCAAUUUUUCGGUGUUGGUAAAACGUGAAGUCUGGAUGCGUUGCAGCACGAAUGGUUGACCACGCUUCCCCUACCCUGUGAGCCGAGUACCAAAAUAUUCAUAAUGGAAUUCGCCUAGGUGGGUCACGUGAUGGCAAUCAUGCUGUCGGUUCACUCGCGCCCAGUGGCUGUGUGGGGGUUUUGAACGUGGAAAUCUGCGCGAGUGUCCAGGGAGUAUUUGUGUUUGGCUCCGCUUCAAGGGGUCUGGCGCCGUGGCCCACUCCAGCUUGGGCAGAUUAUUUUUUCCUGUUUCAAAGCUAUAUCGAAGAGUAAAUGAAUUGCAGCACGUCCUCCCAUCGAUCCGCACGCAGCUGAUGAGCCACUGUUGGCUCGUCUGAUAGAAUAGAAUUUCAUGGCGACGAAGAACGGAGGUUUGGACAUGUGGCCUGGUGAAUGAAAGGGGGCUCAGGAUAUGCUGGCAGUCAUUUGUGGAGUUGGCAGUGUUGAAACAUCUUGAGAUUUAUGACCGAAGAAAUGUGUCCGUAACCAAAUUCUCAACCCUUUAGAUCUGAUGUGAACUAUAAAACAUUAGAACAGCAGAGUUUUUACUUAAAUACAGGAAUCCAUGUUGCUGGAUAAAAAAAAGUGGCUUGAUUAAGUAAGAGCACUGAUGGGAUGCGUUUUUAAAACCGCGGCUGUGUCACGUUAGCAACAGUUGUUAAUUCUCAGAAUCUCGAGUCGGGCAUGGUGGUGGUACGUGUGUGUCAACUCAACUAGCUGCUCACUUCCAUUACCUGGUGUGCACCGCAGGGCAUAAUUUACAUGUGGAAGACGCGUUGUACAUGGCGGCGUUAUUUUGGUGGUUGAUGAUAAUGCUAAUGACAAGUCAUCUGGCAGGGCCAUUCAUUCUGAGCGAUGGCCUUUGGUAAGAUCAUACUCAUGGCAGGUAAGAGGCUAUUUGACACAUUCUCAUGGCAAUAAUUGCCUCAACCAGGUUAAGCGGUAUAGUCCAUGAGGCCCGACCAGAUAUUUCACAUGUUGGUACCACUAUUGGUGGCAUUACUUUACCGAUUCCAAUAUCCUGUCCAAUAACAGUAAAUUAUGUGAUAAACCAUUUGCAGUUAGUGCCCUAGCAAAUAAUUCGCUCCUAUUAGCCAUAUAAAUAAAGUUUUGCCACCUUGGAUGGUACAAAUUACUGCUCUGGCCCUUUGAGGAGUAGAGAUCUAGCCUUAUCCGCAAAUGAAUGAAUACUUUUGAGAGUUGGAUAUUCACCAGAAGUCUAGACAUUCAUCUCUCCCCUCCCCCAACCUGGCAAUUCCAUGAAAAAAAUUAUCGUUGGGAAUGUAGCGGCCACUAUUGACUGCAGGGGUCACAUGAACCCAUUACAUAUUAAAUAAACGCAUAGAAAAAAACGUUAUUACACGUGCGCUUGUAUGCAUCGUUGGCAUAGCAAUCGCUCGUAUACUGAAUUACUACACCUCUACUUUGCACACUGCUUGUGUAAGGCAAUCAGGAAAUUAAUUUAAAGGGUUUCUUGAGAUGGGCCGGCUCAAGCUAGUUAUCGUUUUUUUGUUUCUGCGAAUCAUGGCGCUAAAUUUCGAUUUAAAGCUUUCGUGACUGCAGGGAUUCAUAUUCUUGGCUCUUUCGGUGAAGUCACGUUGAAGGGAAAUAAUAAAAAUAAAACAAUAAAAUUCUCACGACGUUUCGAUUGCAACACAUUAUUUUAUCAUGGCGUUAAGUUGUAGUUUAUUCAAAAGCUUACCAAUUUUUGGGGGCAAUUGGUGCGAUCAGAAUACUUAACUUUUUAUGAAUUCUUGUUUUUUCUCUCGGGAAGAGAGUUUUCAUUUGUUUCUGUCGUUGUCCUUCUGGGAAACAACUGUAAAAGACUUUGUAAAACUGAAUUGGAAAUCUCAUUACUAAUCUAUUUGCGCUGGUUUGGGUGCUCUUCGCUCAUUUAGUAGCAUUUUAUUUGCAGACGCGCACAACUCGCUGGCGUGCAUGUUAUUAGUGAAGUGCAGAAAACAACGUUUUGGGGUUUUUUUCUAAAUGAAUAACGAUCUAACUACUUUCAUAGCAUAGCUAUUAUAGCUAUACUUGGUAAGAUGGCAUGGGUGUGUGUGUGUUGGCUUGGACUGGGAGAUGUUAAACUUGCGGUUCGCCUAAAAAUCCCGUGAUUGACAGCACUAACAAUGUCCCAUCAGCUUGCUUUAGUUCACAUGCCGAACCUUAAUUCUGAGAGGUAUUUAAUGCGGGGCUUACGUUUUUCACAUCUAUUGAUUUAAUGCAGCCAUCAGGGGUUCACAAUAACUUCUGCUGAAUCGACGUCCUUUCUCCCAAAGAUCUGGAUAUUGCUCCGGGAAAUGUUCUGGUGUGAAAACUUUGCCCCCCUCAAGAUUAACAAUGGAUGGCUUUAGAGGUCCUAAUGCUGUUUUAAUUAAAGAUCUAUUUAGCCAAACUUGACUUCUUUCUGUAGGGAAACUCUUAAAGGUCCAGUGUGGAAGUUGUAUAAUAAGGGGGGUGGGGGGCAUAAUGCCUUUGCUCGGUAAUUGUCUUGUUCUGAAAGGAUCUCGCACAGCCCAAUAUAAUGUCUAAUAGAGUGUUGUUGCACUUGUGAGCUGCCCCUGCGGUGUCGCCCUGAACUGUUGCAUUGUCCAAAGUAAACCUGCCCCAUUCAUCGUUCCGGGCUCUAAUUCUAUUACCGGCAGUAUGAAAUGUGCUCAAGAAUGCAGAUAAUAUUGAGCGUUAGCAGUGUGUGGUGACAGCUUUAGGGAAUUAAGGGCCCACUGAUAAAAUGGGGGAGAAAAUGGUGUCUUGCUGAUUUUGAGCAGAAAAUGCUAAAAAGUGUGGAGUUUUACCACGCUCUCUGUGCACCGUGGGCCGGCCGGAGCAGCGAUACCAAUUGUUGGGGAGUGUGAAAAGAGCGAGGCUGGCUUGUUGGAGCCCCGCAAACAAAAGCCAUUACAUGCCGUAAGCCUUCCCCCCGGGGUUCGGUGCCUCAAUAGCGCGAGGCGUGCGGGGAUGUAAUGACCUUUGCUGACGCGUCCCCAUAAUGGGCUGAAUUAUACACGCCUUGCAGCUGCGCUGCCCCACCGUCACUUUCUCCGCGCGACGGGCCAUCAGAAAGUUUUGAGAAUGAGAUCCGGCGAUUUAAGCGUCGCUCAAACCCUAUAUAUGCCAAUAGCACUAACUAUUGCCGUAAUAAUUAGUAUGUUUGCCAUGCCUCUCCCGUUGCAUACGUACGCUGGGAAGCGCUGAGAAGUAUUCUGAACGUGAGAAACUUUUCGUGUAUCGAACACGAGGCACUUUAUCCAAUUUAUCUUGGUUAUGCUUGAAUUAAACUUGGCCCAGGGUUUAGUUAUUCUCGAAAGUACAUUGGUUUUUGUGGUAAAUUUACUGAAUAAUAAAAUGGAUCAUCUUUAAAAAGAAAAUAUGUUUUCAUCGUUUUUUUUAUUUUAUCUUAGCCUGACCUCUAUGCGAAUAUACAGCGAUGCCACAAUAUAACAACACGAUAUAUAUUUUUCCUGGCUAAGGCUUUCUGCCAAGAAAACUUUUUUUUUUAUUUCUGAGAGAAAAUCUUGUCAAUUUAUUUUGGCUCACCUGUGUCUGUAAAAGCGACAUUGUUGAGUUUGCUACCAACUAAUAUAAGCAAACAUUUAUAGAUGCUUGAAAAAGUACAACAUUUAUGAAUACCAGUUGAGCUGCAAAUGUUGGUCGAUUAAAAUGGUGCAAAGGAAAGAAAAA